CUCUGGGCGUGUUUUUGUUCAGGAUGUCGCACGUUUUCGUUACGUCAGAUCUCGGGGUAUGUAAGAGUGUCCUUUUGCUGGAACGACCUUUUGGUGCGGGUACACCGUGGUCCCCAGAUGGCUGAACGCGAUGCGAUAGCAGCUGCCUGCGCGCUCUCACACCAGAGGUCACUCUUGCCCAGGGUCACUCCUACGUGUAGCCGAUGAGGGGGGCGAAGGAGCAGGCCGCGCUGCUCGCGUGGGCGGCGGAGAAGCUCGCCGCGGAGGGAGCCCCGCAGGCGGCGGCGAUGCGGUCGAAGGCCGACGCGGCGCUGGCCGCGUACAACUCGCUGCUGAAAGAUGCGCCUGCGGGGCAAGGCGCGCAGGCUAGAGUCAGCCUGGCUCACGCGCAGAAGAAGCUGCGGGUCUGCAGAAGCGUACCCGCCGCGAUGGGCGCCGCGCCCUCCAAGGCGGGUGCGGGUGCCCUUCUGUGCGACUGCGACGGCACCCUGGUGGAGACAGAGCGGGAUGGCCACCGCGUCUCUUUCAACAGGGCCUUCAAAGAGAAGGGAUACAACUGCGAGUGGAGCGUGGACCUCUACGGGGAGCUCCUUACGACGGGAGGCGGCAAGGAGCGGAUGACCCGAUACUUCAGAGAUUACAAUCCCGGGGCAUGGCCGCACCCAGAGGCCCCUGCGAAGGACCACCCCGAGAUCGUGGCGCUGCACAAGCUCAAGACCUCGCUCUUCAUGGACAUCGUCCGGGCCGGGGAGCUGCCCCUCCGGGAGGGCGUCAGGGAGCUGCUGACUGCGGCCCGCAGCGCGGGCUGGACCAUCGCGGUCUGCUCCACCAGCAACGAGGCCGCGGUGUCGGCGGUGGUGCAGACGCUGCUGCCGGAGUUCGCGCCCACCACGCGCAUAUUCGCCGGCGACUGCGUGUCGAAGAAGAAGCCCGACCCGGAGAUCUACAACUUGGCCGCCAGGGAGCUCAGCCUGGACCCGAGGAAGUGUGUCGUGCUGGAGGACACGAACAUCGGCCUGCGCGCAGGACAGGCGGCGGGCAUGAGCGUGGUUGUGACCAAGAGCAUCUACUCCAAGGACGAGGAUUUCAGCGGUGCGGACCUCCUCGUCGACAGCGCGGAGAAUGUCGAUUUCUCUGCGGAUAUCACGGCGAUGCUCCCGCAAAUGGCACGAGCAUGACCAGCUCAGUGACAUCCGACGUCGCGAGUUCGUGUGUGCAUUUUUCUCCCUCGUACGAGGGUAUUUCGCCUGGGUGGACGACCCAGGGCUGGCAGAGGGGGGUGCAACCCCUGGCGGGCCAUCCACGCUAGCCACUGGCGGCAAUUGUACUCUGCCAAUUUUCAGCGCCAACGGCGCCCUUCUUCAAUUCUUCAUCUAGCGGACAAAAACGUAGUCGUUCAUGGUAGACUUGGCCCAUCC